CGGGUGGGACCGCAGCGCGGCCUGCGACUCUGCCACCCCCAGGCCCCGCGCCCCUCGCCCCGCACCCGCGGGGGAGCCGCCCAGCCCGGUAGGGAGCCGCCCAGUCUGCCGGGGAGCCGCGCACCGGAGCCCGCGCGUGGCGGCCCGCAGGUAAUGAGAGGCCUUCAGAUCCCAGAGGACACCACAAGAGGAGAAGUCAAGAAAGUGUGGAAGACCCUGUCUCCAGCAACCAUGGCAAGGAUGACUCGGCAAUGAGAGCAAAGCUAAGCGGAGCUCCUCACCCUUUUCUCCUCUGGCCUUCCUUCCUCUUUCCUCCCCUGCGCCCAGCGAUGGAGGGACUGGACAAUAGGAUCUUCCUUGCACGGACACCAAUUCCCAGACCCAGCUUGUGCAAAAGAGGGAGCUAAGAGGCGCCGCGCAGGGCAUCAUGGUUCGCCUGUUGGCCUCAGAAGUUCAGCAGCUUCUCCAUAACAAGUAUGUGGUCGUCCUUGGGGACUCUGUACAUAGGGCGGUGUACAAGGACCUGGUGCUCCUGCUGCAGAAGGAUUGCCUGCUCAGUCACAAGCAGCUCAGAACCAAAGGGGAGCUGACAUUUGAAAAGGAUCAGCUGAUGAAGGGAGGCGAGCUGGACACCCUACACAACCGCACUGACUACCGCGAGGUGCGUGAGUUCUGCUCUGACCAUCAUCUGGUGCGCUUCUACUUCCUCACGCGCGUCUAUUCUGAGUACAUGGAGAGCGUCCUAGAGGAGCUGCAGUCGGGCACGCAUGCCCCAGAUGUGAUCAUUAUGAACUCUUGCCUCUGGGACGUCUCCAGGUAUGGGCGUAAUUCCUUGAGUAGCUACAAGCAGAACCUGGAGAACCUGUUUGGGCGCAUGGACCAGGUACUGCCCAAGUCAUGCCUGCUAGUGUGGAACACUGCCAUGCCUUUGGGUGACAAGAUCAAGGCGGCCUUCCUCCCUCAGAAGUGUAAGGGCCAGUACCGGAUCUCGGUGGCCACCCUGAAAAAAAGAGUGAGCCAAGCCAAUUUCUACAGCCAUGCCGAAGCAACAAAGCGCUGCUUCGAUGUGCUGGACUUAAAUUUCCACUUCCGUCAGGCCAAGAAGCAUCUGCAGGGAGAUGGGGUGCACUGGAAUGAGCAUGCACACCGCCGACUCUCCUACCUGCUGCUUGCCCAUAUGGCUGAUGCUUGGGGGGUGGAUCUGCCCCACCGAGACCCAUGGGAGCCUGGUCCUGUGGUGUGGGAAGGUCCAAGUCAGGUAGAAGAAUGGCAGCCCCGGGUCAACAGAGGUCCCCAGGCCUUUGCCUUGUCUCCACCCAUGCCUCCUCCCAGGCCACGCCCACUGUUCCCACCCCCUGGCUUGCCCUUAAGGCCCCCCCCACCCCUCCUAGCAUGUUCCCUACCCCCACCUCAGGCGACACCCCCAUUACCACACUAUCCACAAGAUUCCUAUUUUUCCUCAGACCAUGUUUUCCAGUCUGAUGAAUUCUAUAUUCAUUCAGAUGACCCCUCACCUACCCACGGAGGAUAUACCUUUGAGGGUGACUUUAGUUUUUAUCCCCAACCACCCGUGCCCAACUUCCGCCCACCCUGUUACCAGCGCCAGGCCCCUGUGGUACAUAGGGGUUUCCCAAGGUAUCUUGCUCGCGGCCCCUAUAUGCCCUGGAGAGAUAGGCCUAGGCGACCACAAAGACAUGCCCCAGCCUGCCUAGAGUCAAGGCCUCAGUAGUCUGACUUAAACCCCUUUACCUCUGGAUGGGGCUAUGUGAUACUGACUUUCCCUUUCACGCCUCAGUCUCCACACACUGACCUUGCUACUUAAGCCCAGCUAGUCCCAUCUUGGAAGUCUCUGUGUUCACUGCUGUUAGAGACAAGGAAUAGCACACUGGCCCGCUCCUGCUGCCUGAGGAGGUCUCCUCCCUCCGAGUGACCAAGCAAGCGUUCUUACUACCUCCCCCAUCGCUAUUCUUGUUGCCUUUUUGUAAAAAUAAAAUUGAA